AUGGGCGCUUCCGGUGGCGAUGAUAACUUAAUUUACGAGACCUCUGAAGACUGCGAAGUUAUCGAUUCAUUUGAGGGGUUAGGGUUACGCGAGGAGAUUCUGAAGGGUAUUUUUGCCUACGGUUUCGACAAACCAUCGGCGGUACAACAACGUGCCAUCAAACCUAUUCUUGAUGGUCGCGAUGUAAUCAUUCAAUCGCAGAGCGGUACAGGAAAGACAUGUGUCUUUUGCCUUGGUGCACUUCAAACUGUUAACCCAGCCUCUAAACAGACCCAGAUACUGUUGCUCUCACCUACACGGGAACUAGCAGAACAAUCGCAGAAGGUUUGCCUUGCUUUAGGGGAUUACUGCAAUGUAGAGGUGCAUUGCUGUAUCGGUGGAAAGCGUGUAUCCGAUGAUAUAAAGGCACUUGAGUCAGGGGUUCACAUUGUCUCUGGAACCCCUGGAAGGGUGAACCACAUGAUCGCUGACCGUCACCUCAACACUAGAAAUAUCAAGCAGCUGAUCCUAGAUGAGGCUGAUGAGAUGCUAAACCGUGGUUUUAAAGACCAAGUAUAUUCCGUAUACAGGUACCUCCCCCCUACAAUACAGGUUGUACUAGUGUCUGCUACGCUGCCUCAAGAGGUGGUAGAUAUCACACAAAGAUUCAUGAAUAACCCGUUCCGGGUUUUGGUAAAACGUGAUGAGCUUACCCUUGAUGGUAUCAAGCAGUUCUUUGUAGCAGUGGAAAAAGAACAAUGGAAAUUUGACACCCUCUGUGACCUGUAUGAGUCACUUAUCAUUACACAGGCCGUCGUUUUCUGCAACACUCGCGAGAAGGUGGAUUGGCUGGCAAAGCGUAUGCAAGACUCCAAUUUCACGGUUUGCAAGAUGCACGGUGAUAUGUCACAGAAGGAGCGCAAUGAUAUCAUGCAACAGUUCCGUCGCGGAGAAUCACGCGUGUUGAUAUCUACCGACAUUUGGGGACGUGGACUUGACGUCCAACAGGUAUCAUUGGUAGUAAAUUACGAUCUGCCAACCAAUCGAGAGAACUAUAUCCACCGAAUCGGGCGUUCCGGUAGAUACGGUCGCAAGGGUGUCGCUAUUAACUUCGUCAAGGAUGACGACAUUCGAGUUUUACGUGAUAUCGAACAAUACUAUUCAACACAGAUUGAUGAAAUGCCCAUGAAUAUCGCAGAACUGCUUUAA